AUGCCUGAAUUCAAGAUCUCCGCUGCGUUGGAGGGCCACAGCGAUGAUGUUCGCGCCGUGGCCUUUCCCAAUUCAAACGCUGUUUUUUCUGCUUCUCGUGACGCCACAGUUCGGCUCUGGAAGCUUGUAUCCAGCCCGCCUCCGACGUACGACUAUACAAUCGUCUCUCAUGGUUCAGCAUUCAUCAACGCCCUAGUAUAUUACCCCCCGACCCCGGAGUUCCCUGAAGGACUGGUCUUCUCAGGCGGCCAAGACACAAUUAUUGAAGCCAGACAACCCGGCAAGACAGGGAAUGACAAUGCGGACGCUAUGCUCCUCGGCCACGCACAUACAGUCUGUGCAUUGGAUGUGUGUCCGGAAGGGGGUUGGGUCGUUAGUGGAAGCUGGGAUUCCACUGCACGGCUUUGGCGAGUUGGCAAAUGGGAAUCUGAAGUCGUACUGGAAGAUCACCAGGGGAGUGUGUGGGCAGUGCUGGCCUACGACAAGGAUACUAUAAUCACAGGCUGUGCGGACAAUAUUAUUCGGAUAUUCAAUACGUCCGGAAAACUGUUAAAGGCUAUCAAAGACUCGCGCGAUGUCGUUCGAGCCUUGUGCAAACUCCCGCCCUCUCACCCUACUGGUGCGCAAUUUGCCUCUGCAAGCAACGACGGGGUAAUCCGUCUAUUCACUCUGAAUGGUGAUCUUGUUGCUGAGCUCAACGGACACGAGAGCUUUAUUUAUUCCUUGGCCGCCCUGCCAUCCGGUGAACUGGUCAGCUCUGGUGAAGAUCGCACAGUACGUGUUUGGAACGGCACGCAAUGUGUGCAGACCAUCACCCACCCUGCUAUCUCAGUUUGGAGUGUUGCGGUUUGCCAAGAGAACGGCGAUAUUGCAACAGGGGCAAGCGAUCGCAUAACCCGGGUUUUUACCAGGUCAUCAGAGAGACAGGCGAGUGCCGAGGUGGUCCAGCAAUUCGAAACCGCUGUAAAGGAAUCAGCAAUCCCCGAACAACAGGUUGGAAAAAUCAACAAGGAGAAGCUACCCGGCCCCGAGUUCCUACAGCAAAAGUCCGGUACCAAGGAUGGUCAAGUGCAAAUGAUCUCUGAGGCAAACGGCAGUGUCACCGCUCAUACAUGGUCAGCCGCCUUGGGGAGAUGGGAAUCAGUAGGUACUGUGGUGGAUUCUGCCGGCAGUAGCGGAAGGAAAACAGAAUACCUGGGUCAGGACUACGACUAUGUGUUUGAUGUUGAUGUGGAGGAUGGCAAACCUCCCCUCAAACUCCCAUACAAUCUCUCCCAGAAUCCAUAUGAAGCCGCGACCAAGUUUAUUGGUGACAACGAGCUGCCGAUGAGCUAUCUCGAUCAAGUUGCUCAGUUCAUCGUUCAGAAUACGCAGGGUGCAACCAUCGGCCAGUCCACUCAGGAUACUGGUUCCGAUCCGUGGGGCCAAGAUAGACGCUAUCGACCUGGAGAUGCUUCUGCCCAGUCGGGGAAUAUCCCUGAAUCACGUCCGAAAGUCCUUCCACAAAAGACCUAUCUCUCCAUUAAGACAGCCAAUCUCAAGGUGAUCUGCAAAAAGCUACAGGAACUUAAUGAGAAACUUGUCUCUGAGGGAUCGAAAGAUUUGUCCUUGAGUCCUUCAGAAGUGGAUACAGUGGUCUCUUUAUGCAAUGAGCUGGACUCUACUAGCGCCUUGAAAGACUCGCCAACUGUGGAAGCAGGUGUCAAUCUUCUCUUUAAGGUUGCAACAGCUUGGCCAGCGGCGAAUAGGUUACCUGGUCUUGACAUCCUCCGGCUAUUUGCUGCGGCCACUCCGGUGACGGCCACGGCAGACUACCAUGGCAAGGACCUGAUCACCGGGAUUAUCGAAAGUGGAAUAUUCAACGCACCGCUAAAUGUCAACAACGCAAUGUUGUCGGUCCGAUUGUUCGCCAACCUCUUCGAAACUAAAGCUGGCCGCGAACUCGUUGUCAGUCGAUUCGACCAGGUCAUCACCGCGCUCAAGACAUGUCUAGCCAACAGUGGGGCUUCACCAAACCGCAACCUUACUAUUGCGGUGGCGACUCUCUACAUCAACGUAGCAGUGUAUUCCACAUCCGAAGGAAGGAAUACAAGCUCCGAGUCUAGCGAACGAGGCUUGGUGCUUCUGGAAGAGAUCCAACGGGUGCUUUCUGGCGAGAAAGACUCAGAGGUAGUCUAUCGCAGCCUUGUUGCUUUGGGAACUUUGGUCAAAGAAUCAGAGACUGAGGUCAGGGCUGCUGCUAAAGAGGUCUACGAUGUUAAUGCGAUCCUGCAAACCAUCUCAAGCUCCGGACUUGGGAAGGAACCAAGAACCAAGGGCAUCAUUUCCGAGAUCAGUGAGGCUUUGCCGUAG